AUAGGCGCUCAUCUGUAGCUGUUUAAAAGUCGAAUGUCUACAACAGGGCAACUGUGUUUAUCUAUACGUCUGAGCUCCGUCUGAUACGAAAGAAGGCACAGUUCAAAUCAUGCGUCACGUUAUCUGGAGCACCUCAGAACGCAUCUAGUAGAGCAUCAUUUACAUUCGAUAUUAAUUACGCAUUAAGGAAAAGCAAAUUGCAGUAGAUUACAAGCAUCUAGUCAGAUUCCUAUCUAUCCUUAUCUACAGUUCUUAUCUCUGUCCGAUAAAUCACUGUAAAGCGUGCAUGAUCUGAGCAAUCUGCGCUACUAACCGGUCGAGGAAAUCGUGGCAACUACUUAAGCAAUGAAUGGCGUAGUGCAAAUCGUAGAAACGAUCACCAUACGUAUUACUGUGUGAAUCGAAGCCGUGAGGGUGUGAGAGGAACUGAGGAUUGCUUGCCAAUGAGGUAUUUUCGAUCCACGGAAUACGUCUGAAACGAACAACCAACCUUGGAGGAUAAUUCAUAGAGCAAUUGUUCGAAACGUUAAAGUAACUCUUUUCGCCUCUGGCCGAGAAUAAUUACACGUCAAAUUAAAAAGGAGCCAGUAGAUUUCGAAGUACUUAUGGCCAAGAAGACUCGAGCAGAAACUGCUCCAGGGGGCGCUGCACCCAUCUCCGCGCAGGCUUCCCACUCCAUAUCGUCCGUCUGCCUCUGCUUGAGUCGGUCGUAGCCCUAGAGUACAAGGCCGUACUAACAGCGCUAUUUGAGAGCAGCUGCAUCAACUGCGGCACGGUUGCGGUUGAUGUUGGGGGUUACCGCUGUUCUUGCCAUAAUGGUGAUCUGAAGAAAGCAACCGAUCUGAUUUGGACAUCUGGUUACAGUGAUUCCCAGGAUUCAGUGUUAAGUAGUGUCGGCAAGGGUGUGCUCAUUAUUAUUGUGUGAGGCGUGUAGAAACUCUCCACCAAGAGCCGCGGAAUGAAGCUCGGCCACGGUGGAACUUACGAUGGACCUGGAUUUAUAUCCGGCCAGGGUUAUAGCGCCACGGAACAUUUAGCCAACGGGGCGGGUCCACUAAUCGUGGGCGCCUGUGUCGGUACGGCUCUGUUUGCGGUCGUUGUCGCAGCUGCUACUUAUGUCUGCUAUCGGAAGAAAGCUAAAACGGCACUACAAUCACCAGGAUCUUACCAUCUGCAACACUCGUUGAAGAAGGGUCCCGGCUAUAAAGAUGGCAAACUUACAGGACCUGGCGGGCUUAUGUUCAGAAAGACGCCGGCUGUACGCAGCCCUACUGGAGGAGGUUCGGGCCCUAUUCUGAAGACAUCCCCGUCGCCAACGGGAAGCAAAAGUCCCCCCUCGAUAAACACCUCCCCAACUCAGGGUGGUCGCACUGUUCUUUCUGGACAACAGCCCCAUCCGCCAGUCACUAAACCGGUUGUCCAGCAGCACAAACCCACACCGGCAGAGAGUCCGGAGGCGAAAAUCGAGCGCGAGACUAUGCUCGAUGAAAAGCCUCAACGUCUUGGUGAAUUACAUUUCCGAUUACGUUAUUGUGCCAGCAAGCAGGCACUAUUCGUCACGAUUAACAAAUGUUGCGGGCUACCUCCUGCGAAGGAUCCGGCUGCAGGGUCGUCAGAUCCAUAUGUCAAACUCCAACUGUUACCCGACAAACAACACAAGGUGAAGACUCGUGUAGUACGUAAGACGACAAAUCCUGUCUAUGACGAAGACUUCACGUUCUAUGGCGUUACGGCUAAUCAGGCCGUGACUGGCACACUUCACUUUGUCGUACUGAGCUUUGAUCGAUACUCACGUGACGAUGUAAUUGGGGAGGUUCUUUGCCCGGUGGCAGAGCUCAUCGACGGUGAUACGACCUUGCACGAUCAGGAAAGGGCAUUUGUCAAAGAGAUUGUGCCCAGGCAUUUCAAGAUCAAAAGUGCCGGCCGUGGGGAGCUGCUCGUUUCGCUGUGCCAUCAACCAGCAGCGAAUCGGCUGACCGUUGUGAUUCUCAAGGCGCGGAACCUGCCUAAGGUUGAUGACAGCGGACUAUGCGAUCCCUAUGUGAAGAUGUAUUUGUUGUAUAACGGGCAGCGCAUCGCUAAAAAGAAGACACACGUCAAGAAACGAACCGUUAACCCAGUCUUCAACGAGAGUUUCGUGUUUGAUGUACCAUACAACGAGGGUCUCCAUAACCUCAGCAUCGAGUUGCUCAUGCUUGACUGGGAUCGCGUAACCAAAAACGAGGUCAUCGGAAGGCUUGAACUCGGCGCGAAGGUGGAGUCUGGAGCUGCGCGACAGCACUGGUCAGACGUGUGCACCUCGCCCCGGAGACAGAUCGCCGAAUGGCACAAACUCAAGGAGUAGAUACCGGAAGAAGAACGAUUACUCAACACAAACUACUACACAAACAACUAACAUUUAAGUACACACAUAAACAUUUCACACGAAUCGUAUAAACAAUGGUAAUAUAUAACACAAACAAAAGAUAUAUGGAUACGAUAAUAUAUUGAUCUAUUCCAUCGCUGCUGUUAUAGCGUGAAAACAGCAAAAAAAAACGAGCAAGACUAAAUGACCAGUGAGCAAAGACCCAUAACAGUGAACCCAGGCAGCAAACACAAGUUAAAUCAGACAGAAGCCUGCGCCCUUUUGAAAGACAAAUAUAUAAAGAGCAACAAUUCACGCCAUCUAAAAAUCUUUGCGAUCACAUAUAAACAGUAUUUACGGACAACAAAUGAUCGCAAUAAAACAUUUGAACGUCAGGAGAAAAUCUGGGGCAGUUUUCACAUACAGAUUCUAGUAUUAUGAGGAAGUGGAAUGACAAAUAAAAGUAAGUACAGUUUCGACAAACAAAAAAAAUAUAAAAGAAACGCCUCUUAUGUAGAAGAGUGCAGACAUCUGCCAAAUGUAGCUAAAUACAUCUAAAAGUUGCAAAGGGGAAUUAAUACAAGAGCGAAAAUUCUAAUAACGAGGAAAAAAGUAACUCAGGGUAAAAACUAGACGGAAAAAGAGAACUGGUAGUACAUCCCGCUUAACGAAAAUGAUGGGAUUUCGAAAUAACGAAAAAGAUCAUGCCAACUGCAAGAAAAGCCGUAGCUGAAGGAGACGAUAAAAAGCAAAGAAGGAUUAUGCGUAGUAUUAAUGAGUUGUGGUCUGUCAGAAGUAAAGCUAAGAUGUCUAUCCUUGUUCCCGACCCACUUUAUAUAACCUAACGAGCUGUUUAUAAUCCAAACAAUUUGCUAACUCGCUCCAAACCAAUUCGACUACUUAUAUCGUGAAAACGAAAUCCAAGAACGAAAUCUGGGGGAAAUCUGAUGGAAUUGAUAACAAAUAUGUUGGGAAAUCGCAGCUUCAGUUAAUAACAUUGGGAGUCGUAUUACAAAAAAAGAGACGUGACUUUUCGCGUCACAGCAAAUGAGCAGCAAUAUUCAGGAAUUGUUAGAGCUUUUGUUGAUGACGUCGAUGAAACCAGAGGUAGGUAGAAACGCAAUAGGAAUAUAACGUAACCUUGAGCCACCUCAAGUAACUGCAAGUAAUGACUAUAUCGUAUUUUUAUUUUGUCAUGUUUCAAGUUCAUACGCGAAAAAAAAAGAAAUCAUUUCUAACAAUAAAAGCUUUACUAAAAGCGCAAAUACCCGAAAACCAUAAACAAAGCACACCGAGGUAGAUGAGAUAUCGCCUUUGGAGACGCUACCAUAAUGGAACCAAGAGGAAAAAUGUUCACUCUGCUUUUUUUCUAAAAGCGACUAACAAAAGCGGAAGUAGAUCACUCGGAUUCUAGGAAAGGUGGAUAGAAGUGAAGCAGAUGUAACAGAAGUUAUCAGACAACAAAAAAAGAAGCACUAACAUAAUAAUAAUGAAGUUGAUGACACGUCUAAUCAGGAUGAUGAGGACACAGACAAAGACAAAAGACACAGACGGACUGAAUACACAUUUAACUAAGGUACAUCAAACAACAAACCAACUAAUAAACCCAAACCGUUAUUGAAUAAAGAUACCGAUAGAAAUUAGUACGACGGUGGGAUAUGAGGCAAAGAAUAAUAUAUGUUUUAUGUAGAAACAACCACCCUCGAGCUUCGCAACUGAAAUGCAUUGCUUCUUAACAACAAAGCGACAAUAAUAUAAAAGUAAUAGAAAAACUAACGAUAAAUAGACUAUUAUAUAACAACCACAGCAAAAAGGGAAUAAUUAACGAUAACUAGUACA